UUAUGGCAUCAAUUUCAGUCGUUUCACAGCUCUUUUAAAGUUCGUUUCGUCGGUGACAAAGUCUCUUUUGAAAUCUUUUUCUACGUCGUUCAAUAUGGAUAGUCAAAAGAAGCAUUUGUGGCAUGUUAUGCUUCAUUGCUUUAAAAAAGGUAGUAAUGCAAAAGACACUGCAGACGAGAUUUGCACCGUUUGUGGGAGUGGUACUAUGACUAUUAGAACCUUCCGCAAUUGGUUUAAGAAAUUUAGAGCUGACAAUUUUGAUUUGAAAGAUGAAGAUCGCAGCGGCUGCCCAGCAACGACGGAUACGGACCUCAUCAAGAGUAUGCUCGCAGAAAAUCCGUUAUAUAGUGUGCGCGAGAUAAUGGAUGCCACUAACAUUCCCAAGACAACGGUACAUAAUCAUUUAAUCAAAAUGGGAUAUGUAAAUCGGCAUGAAGUUUGAGUUCCACGCCAAUUGACAGAGAUCGACCUUAUGAACCGCGUCUCUACGUGCGAUUUGCUUCUUCAGCAACAUGAAAAAAACUCUUUUUUAAAGAGGCUUGUCACUGGAGACGAGACUUGGAUUAUAUAUCAAAAUGUGCAUCGAAAACGCACUUGGUCUAAGAAAAAUCGACCUUCAACUGUUGCGAAGCCUGGAUUUCAUCCGAAAAAAGUUCUUUUGUGCAUUUGGUGGGACUGGAAAGUGUACUACGAGCUCCUUCCACAAGGUAAAACGAUCAAUUCUGCAAAAUAUUA